AUGAAACGAGUUCAAAAACAGUUGAGUAUUUCAGCAUUUACCCAAAUAAAAAGAAAUAAAAUAGACAACCCUACUUCUGAAAAUGUAUCAAUUGACCAAGCUAACUUAUCAGAACAAGCUGGGGAAAAUGAUAUUGGUAAUUAUGUGCAUAAUUUAGAAAUUAAUGAUUUAAAAAAAGAAGAACUUUUAAAAACUCCAUGGGUACCACAUUCGACGUAUAUUUUCCCUGUUAAAACCAAAAGAAAUUUACGAUUUCAAUUAUCUUGGAUAAAACGAUUUUCAUGGCUAAGUUAUUCACAAAUUUUCGAAGGAGCAUUUUGUAGACCAUGCGUUUUGUUUGCUCGAGAAAAAGGAGGUAAAGGUGGCCAUCAACAAUUAGGUGCACUUGUUUCUAAAGAGUAUACUAAUUGGAAAAAUGCUUUGCAAGAUUUUCAACUACAUGCUAGUACGUCAUAUCACAAAUUGUGUGUUGAAAAAUCUGAUAGUUUUUUAAAAGUGAAUGAAGGAAGAUCUAAAAACAUUACUGAACAACUCUGUAUUGAACGUUCUAGACAAAUAGAACAAAAUAGAAACAUUUUACUUUCUGUUAUAAAAACAAUUAUUCUUUGUAGUAAGCAAGAAAUUGCUCUCCGAGGUUCAAACGAUUUUGGAAAUUUAAUGAACAUAAAUACUUUUAAUGACGGAAAUUUCCGAGCACUUUUACAAUUUCGUGUAGAUUCUGGUGACACUAUUCUAGAAGAACAUUUGAAAAAUGGUCCAAAAAAUUCGUUGUAUACUAGUCCUGGAAUUCAAAAUGAGAUUAUUUCGAUUUGUGGUGAUAUCGUUAAGUCAAAAAUAAUCCAAAGAGUUAAUGCUGCCGAGUGCUUUUCUGUGUUAGCAGACGAAACUACAGACAUUGGAAGAAUUGAGCAAAUGUCGGUAUGCUUGCGUUAUUAUGAUCAAGGCGAUAAAAAAAUUCGUGAAGACUUUUUAGAAUUUACACCUGCUGUUGAUCUUACUGGAAAAGGACUUGCAACUUUAAUAAUGAGUAGUUUGCAAAAUAACGGCAUUAACUGCCAGUUUCUAGUUGGUCAAGGCUACGACGGUGCCUCGGCAAUGAGUGGUUAUUUACAUGGUGCUCAAGAAUACAUAAAAAAAGACUUCCCCAUGGCUCUUUAUGUACACUGCAGUACUCAUUCACUCAAUCUUGCGUUGGCAAACGCCAGCUCAUUGCCCACAAUAAGGAACUGUAUUAGCACCAUUCAAACUGUCGGAACAUUUUUUAGCUCUUCUGCUCAACGUAGUGAAGUAUUGAGAAUAUCUAUCAUCGAAACUCUUCCACAGGCAAGACAUAGCACGUUAGUGGCAUUAUGUGAAACACGCUGGGUUUACAAGCAUGAAAGUGUCUUGCGGUUCAAAGAAUUAUAUCCAGCCAUUAUUGUUGCAUUAGAAAAAUUAGAAUCUUUAAUAAAUAAAGAAACAGCUCAAAAGUCUUGUCAGUUAUUAAGUUCAAUUAAAGACGCUAAAUUUGUUAUACCUCUCAUAAUAAUAGAAAAUAUUUUUUCCUAUACGUUAACAUUGUGUAAACAGUUACAGACAAUAAAUGCUGAUUUGGUCGAAGCAUGUAAUCAUGUAGAUGACGUGUUGGCAAUUUUGGACGAAAUGAGAGAAAAUAACAAUAAACAUUUUUCAGACAUGUUUUCCGUUGCUGCAAUAAUGAUGAAUAAAAAUAAAGAAGAAAUAGAUUUUCCUCGUUUCGCUAAUAGACAAACACAGCGUAAUAAUGUGCCCGCUAAUAACUCUGAAGAGUAUUACAAACUUAACAUUUUUUGCCAUUUCUUGACCAUAUAA